AUGGAGGAGCAGGCUGUGGCCCACACAACCCCCUCGCUGGAGAGGGCUCCCCCUCCUGAAUCCAGAAGCCCUCCCAGGAUAUGUUGGGCCAUCCUUUCUGUCGUUUUGAUCUGUGUGGUUCUCUGCAUCAUGGUGGCAGCCGCUUUCAGCUUCAGUCCAUCUUCUUCCAAGCCUCUUUUGCAGGUGGUCCGGCUGAACUUGCAGAACCGCCCAGGGUCCCCCAUGAAUCAGUCGGCCGUUGUGAGUAAGUCCAGGAAUACCGUGACUUACUGUGUAACUUCCCCAAGUAACCAGACGACAUCAGUCCUGUUUGACUGUAAGAAUGGGUAUGUGUGCUACAAGCCUGCCGGGCAAAGCAGCUGCUACCUGAGGACGAUGGAGGCCCAGGACCGAGAAGCCGUGCAGAUGUCCUUCAACCUGUCGGAGCCCGGGGCUGACCAGCUUCUGCUUCCCAACGACAAGACCCAGUACUACCGCGAGUUCCUGGGAGUUGUGCCGGGGAGAGGGGUGCAGCCCGAGGAAGCAGGAGAAGCCACCCAGGCCCUGUGUGGGCAGCUGCCCAUCUACUGGGUCAAGAGGAGAGACGGCCCUCCAAAGCAGCGGCUCAUCUACCUGUGCAUCGACAUCUGCUUCCCGAGCAACAUCUGCGUCUCCAUCUGCUUCUACUACCUGCCCGAGUGA